GCCUCCAGCAGCCCUGCAUUUUUGUGACUUACAAUCCGCUGUCCCAGCAUGUCCUUUACCUGCAACGCUUCUCCAACGAACGGGGCAUACCCGCACAGUGCCCAUCCCAUGGCUGAUGGGUCCACCGUUGAGGAAACUGUUAUUCCUGAUUGUCUUCUGACGGCGGCAUCAAUCGAAGGAGUGUGGCGUCAAGAAGUGCCAAAGCACGUGUCACCGCAACCCAUGGCUGCAAGUCCGGAUGGUGAUCUGUGCAUUCCCAAAAGACGGCCGCCUACUCCUAGCUGGAAAGAGGCUAGGCGAAGGCAACCCAGUCAAGCAUACGGGCUGCAGAAAGAUAGGACAAAUGUCUAUCCUGUUCCGGAGGACGGUCCUACAGUCGACACGCCGCAUGGUCUUGGAGCUCAUCCGCACCCUAUGAAACAGUCUAUGGUCCCCAGACUUCCCCUGUACCACUUUAAAGGCACGGGAGAUAAAGUUACCUCACCUAUUCAGCCUACACUUGAUCCCAGUUCAUUUUUGGGGAUGGAGACACGAAAGCACAACAAAUUCAGCAGACGUCUCUUCUCACUGUCUCAUACUACAACCCAUAGUAUUACUGGGAGAGUCCGAGAUACCAGCCCCUGGAGCAGGUACGAUAGGACUAAUUUUUUGCUGAUUGAGUACGGAACAUACACGCUCUUUAUUGUCUUCGUGUACUUUGUGCUGGUGGGAGUACUUCUUUGGAAAGGAGCUGUCUCCUGGCUCUACUGGCUGAUGCAGAAUAAGUUUGUCUUCCAAGGGGGGUGGUCCAUCGUGAUCGGCCUUGUGAUCUUCUACUCGUUCCUGCCUCUGCUCAUUACCUUCGAGAAGGAUGCUCCAGAUCUCAAAAGUCACCACAGUCACUGUACACCCUCAGGUGCUCCAGAUACCGCCCUUCUCAUACCAUGCCACAAGUCCGCCCCUCUUAUCUAUGAGACACUCGAAGCAGUCCUGAAGAUAUUCCCACCUUCCCAUGUGUUCGUACUUGCAAAUGGCGACUCACCUACCCCACUUGAUAAUACUGAAGAGAUUUGCCGAUCCUUUGGUGUAAAUCAUGUCUGGAUUCCAGUGGGCUCCAAAAUCAUCGCACUCUUAGUUGGAUGCUAUGCUGCCAAGCGCUUCCGUCAAGUUCUACUAAUCUAUGAUGACUGUGUUCUAUCCAGAAACUUCCCCAUUGUUGUUUCACGCUUGACAAAACGAGUCCGCUGUAUAGGCUAUACUCUCAAAGUUGUCGGCUCAUUUUUCUCCAAGGGAACAUACUGCCAGCAGGCACAGGAUUUGGAGUACAAGCUUUCCGGGUUACAGCGUACCUUUGCAGGACGAAUUGGCAGUGCUACCUUCCCACAUGGUGCUAUAUGGCUCUGGGAACGAGAAUUCCCUAGUGAUGCUCUUGAAGAUCAUCCUGGAUUCUCUAUUAGAAGGAUCCAAAUGUGCAGUGCUGUUUUCGUGGAAACCAGUGCGCCACCGGCUGUCUUCUAUACCAAUGACAAAGACGGCCGUAGUGGAUUCGGCGAGAUGACCGUCUUCAGGCAGCGGUUCACACGGUGGAACUUCUUUGUUGCCAACGGACUGCGCUAUAACUUGGCGUAUUCUUCUCGGUCGUGGGAGCUAGGGAGAUGGGAGAUAGCUAUACUAGGCCUUCUAGCCCCCUUUAUGCUUCCAAUAUCGCUCCCUGUGCGAGCAAACUUCUGCAUCGCUCUUCUGAUGGGAACAAUGGCUCUCUAUUUAAUCAAAAUUAUCCUCUUCAACGAGAUCCACCUGCGCUUGAAGCAUGAGCGAGUCAGAUGGAAGGUAAUCAUAUUUUACUAUAUGCCGUAUAAAUUCCUGAUCACCAUCAUCAACAUCGGAAGCAACUACUGGUCUCUGCUCAAGUAUGCCAAGUACUUUGCCCAACGACGUCCAAAAAUUAUUGAAGACCACAAAGCCAUAGGGACUGUGCUGAGACUGGAGGAGAGUGCACUGAAUCAACAGGGAAGAUCUAUUACGUUAGGCAGGAGUAUGACAGUGAGGUCUGUGGAUGUCCGGAGCCAAAUGGAUAGCCGGGCAGGUCUUGGAAGAAGCCGGAUGCCUGAAAUUCAGGAGCUAGACCAAGAGCAACGGUGGUUGUAA